AUGAUUUUGGCUAUUUAUAUUGAACGUAUUAAUCCAGGUGAAUUCUGUAUAUCACAACCAUGGAGUUAUUUAUGUAAAAAAGGUUAUUGGAAAUCACGACGAGUAUCUUCUGUCAAACAACACGAGAUUGACAAGAAUAAAGAUAAAACCGAUUUGACUGUGGAAAAUAAUCGUUGGAUUGAAUCGAGUUCUCUUGCCAAUACAAGAUUACCUGUCUUAAGUACAAAUCAUGUGACAAAAAAAUUUGGCAAAUUGAACGCUGUUAUGGAUUUAUCUCUUGAUUUUUACAAUGGUGAAGUGUGUUCAUUGUUAGGGCAUAAUGGAGCAGGCAAAACGACCACGACAUUUAUUCUUGUUGAUUCAUACAAUCGUCGUCUCAUAUGGACAAUUAUACGCAAAAUGAAAGAAGCCGGAAAAUGUAUAAUUAUGACAACACAUUUCCUUGAAGAAGCCGAUGUUCUAUCAGAUCGAAUCGCUGUUAUGACUAAAGGUCGAUUGCAAGCAAAUGGAACACCUGAAUUUCUCAAACAGCAAACAGAUUUUGAAUAUCGCAUUUUUAUUGACAAAAAUGAAAAUUGUGACAUUCAACAUAUAACUCAAUUCUUUCAAGAACAUGUACAAACUGCUGUAUUAGAAAGACAAUCACCAUCGGAAUUAGUGUUCGGCAUCAAACGUGGUACAUCACAACGAAUUAGUCGAUUAAUCAAUGCUCUUGAUGAACAAGGUUCAAAUAUUGGCAUUAAGGGAUAUGGUUUGUCAAUGACAACAGUGGAAGAAAUUGGAUCUAUAGCUCAUUCAAAUCCAGAAGUCGAAGUUCACAUUUAUCAAGGUACCGAACAGAUCAGUUACUUUUUUCUUUUAUAUGUCAUGUAUUCAUUGGCUUCAUUACCAUUCAUGUAUUCCUAUUCAUUCAUAUCCGAAUCUGAAUUGAUUGGUUUUAUUAUGUUUUUGAUUCUAAAUAUGGCUGCAUGUUGUUUUGAUAUGGUUCUCGAUUUUAUUGCGGUAUUUUCACAAGCUUCUCCAUCGUCGAGUCCUGAUAAAAUGGGUACAGCUGCGCAGAUCAUGCUGAUUCUUCGUUUUAUUCUUGCGGGUUUCUUUCCAACAGUCAAUUUCAAACAAUCUUUAUUCAAUAUUCAUCUACGUUCAGAUGCAACUUGUAUUUCAGCAAUUAAUUCUAUAAUGAUUACUAAUUAUUCUCCUGAUGAACCAUGGACAUCAGCCAAUGAACCUGGUAUUGGACUUCAAUUAGUUAUAUUUUCUGCUCAAAUUGUAUUUUGA